AAACAAACUCACCGUCGAAGUCUUCGGCUUUGUCAAUAUGGCGGCGUGUAAAAAGAUUGUUGAAGGAUCCAAUUUGCCCGCGCAUUACGAAAUCAAGAACGGCGAAGUUGCUUGUUACUCUAGCGAUGAACAUUACAUAACCGAAGAAGAUUCUGGGGCUCCAGCGAUUCGUCACGGGCAGUUGGUGGCGGUGACAGUGGGAGGCGCCGAGUGCGACGGAGACCACGUCGGCGUGGGUGUGAAGAUGAGCUGCUACUGCAGCUGGAUAGCUGACAACCUGCCAGGAGGGGGCGCAAACAUCAACUGCUGUAAAAAUUGCUGCAACGCUAACAAUGAAGACUCGUCGAGGAAUAUGUUUAGGAACAGAAAUAAAUAUUUGGUUUAAU